AACUAGCAGUAGUGACUAGAAGAAAUUUUUUGUUAAAAUUUCCAAAAUAAUUGAAAAACUUUCUAUAAAUAACUACAAUAAAAAAUCUUCCAAGAUUCAAGUCAUGAACAAUGGCCUCUCAGUCAAUCCCAUUCCCGCCAGCACUCAACCACCAUCCAAAACCCUUCACCUUACGCUCCAAAUCUGUAUCCUCAACCGACCCAGAUUCACUCCCGGUUCCUACUACUCGCCCUUCAUCUUCUCCAACUUCCAUUACAAUCUCAAAUCCCCAGAAAAAAUGGAGUUUUCCGUUGAAAAGUAAGGAUAAAGAGAGAGAAUCUAGAGAGAGGAAACAAGAGACUAACAGAAAAAUAGCAUCUCAAAAAGCAAUUUCAGUUAUUCUAAGAAGAGAAGCUACAAAAGCAGUAAUUGAGAAGAAGAAGAAAGGAAUUAGUCCUAAGAGGCUGUUACCUAGGACUGUUCUUGAAGCUCUUCAUGAACGUAUAACUGCUCUUCGUUGGGAGUCUGCUCUUAAGGUUUUUGAACUUAUGCGAGAGCAGUUGUGGUAUAGACCCAACUCUGAUAUAUACAUAAAACUUAUUGUCAUGCUUGGAAAAUGUAAGCAACCCGAGAAGGCUCAUGAAUUGUUUCAAGACAUGAUUGAUGAGGGCUGCAUUAUAGACCAUGGAGUAUACACUGCUCUCUUAUCAGCCUACAGCAGGAGCUGUCAGUUUGAUGAAGCCUUCUCACUUCUUGAGUAUAUGAAGAACAGCACGGACUGCAGACCUGACGUUUAUACAUAUUCAAUCCUCAUAAAGUCGUGCCUUCAGGUUUUCGCCUUUGAUAAAGUUCAAAUGUUGCUUUCUGAUAUGGUGUCUCAGGGAAUCAGACCCAACACUGUCACAUAUAAUACGCUGAUUGAUGCUUACGGAAAAGCAGGAAAGUUUGCAGAAAUGGAGUCAAUACUUGCAGAAAUGCUCUGUAAUCAGCAUUGUAAACCAGAUGUAUGGACCAUGAACUCUACACUUAGAGCAUUCGGUAACAGCGGUCAAAUCGAGAUGAUGGAGAAAUGUUACGAGAAGUUCCAAGGUGCCGGCAUUGAACCCAACAUCAGAACGUUCAACAUACUUCUAGAUUCAUAUGGAAAAUCCGAGAACUAUGUAAAGAUGAGCGCGGUCAUGGAAUACAUGCAGAAAUAUCACUACUCUUGGACAAUCGUUACCUACAAUGUAGUAAUAGAUGCAUUCGGAAGAGCUGGUGAUUUAAAGCAAAUGGAAUUUUUGUUCAGAUUGAUGCAGUCGGAAAGAAUCAAGCCGAAUUGUGUUACGUUUUGCUCACUAGUGAAGGCUUAUGGACGAACUGGAAAUGCCGAGAAAAUUGCAAGGCUUUUACGAUUUAUCGAGAAUACUGAUGUAACUUUGGAUAAUGUGUUCUUCAACUGUAUGAUCGAUGCGUAUGGAAGGAUGGAACGGUUAGCUGAAAUGAAGGCGGUUCUUGAGAUGAUGAAGAACAAAGGAUGUAAACCUGAUAUGAUUACUUAUAGAACCAUGAUUAAAGCUUAUACAACUGCUGGAAUGACCAGUCAAGCAAAGGAGCUUAGAUCUUUCAUUAGAUGUAAAGAUAAUUCUUUGAUGUUGAAGGACAAGAAUUGAUUUACUAUUUUUUUUCUUUGUAUUUAUAGAUUUUUGACUCAUUUUGUGUAUGGAUAUUGGUAAAAUGUGUAUAAAGUAUAGAAGUUGAUUUUUUUUGUUUCAUGGUUAAGUAUUUGUCUUUAAUGGAUUGGUCACUCGGGUCC